UGAGAUUUGGGGCGCCAGCAGAGCGGCGGUGUCGGGGUGCGACGGCGAAGAUGCGCUUUUGACGCCCUCGGAGGCUUUCUUGAUCAUGGAUGGUGAGGCUAUACCAGAUUUUUCAAGUUUAAAGGAAGAAACUGCCUACUGGAAGGAGCUUUCCUUGAAAUACAAACAAAGUUUCCAGGAAGCUCGGGAUGAGCUAAUUGAAUUCCAGGAGGGAAGCAGAGAAUUAGAAGCGGAACUGGAGGCACAGUUAGUUCAGGCUGAACAAAGAAAUAGAGACUUGCAAGCUGACAACCAAAGACUGAAAUACGAAGUGGAAGCAUUAAAGGAAAAACUAGAACAUCAAUAUGCACAGAGCUAUAAACAGGUUUCAGUAUUAGAAGACGAUUUGAGCCAGACUCGGGCUAUUAAGGAGCAGCUGCAUAAAUAUGUGCGAGAGCUGGAACAGGCGAAUGACGACCUGGAACGAGCCAAAAGGGCAACAAUAGUUUCACUGGAAGACUUUGAACAGAGGCUAAACCAGGCCAUCGAAAGAAAUGCAUUUUUAGAAAGUGAACUCGAUGAAAAGGAAUCUUUGUUGGUUUCCGUGCAGAGGUUAAAAGAUGAAGCAAGAGAUUUAAGGCAAGAGCUAGCGGUUCGAGAAAGACAACAGGAGGUCACCAGGAAGUCUGCUCCCAGUUCCCCAACGCUAGACUGUGAGAAGAUGGAUUCCGCUGUCCAGGCGUCGCUUUCUUUGCCAGCUACUCCCGUAGGCAAAGGAAUUGAAAACACUUUUCCCUCACCAAAAGCUAUACCAAAUGGUUUUGGUACCAGUCCACUGACCCCUUCUGCUAGGAUAUCAGCAUUGAACAUUGUGGGAGAUCUUUUACGGAAAGUAGGGGCCUUAGAAUCCAAACUAGCAGCUUGUAGGAAUUUCGCAAAGGACCAAGCAUCACGGAAAUCCUAUAUUUCAGGGAAUGUCAACUGUGGGAUGAUGAGCAGCAACGGCACAAAGUUCUCUCCAUCAGGGCAUACCUCUUUCUUCGACAAAGGACGAGUCCCAGAUCUGUCUCUCCAUCCCUGCCUGUCCUUUCUCCGUUCAGUCCUGUGUUAUCCGCUGGGACAUUUCCCUCCGGCUCUGUUGCUGCCCCUGAAACCCAUUGAGGGCAGUAAACGGCUUUGACCCGGCUCCUGCUCCUCCUGGUCUGGGCUCCUCGCGCCCGUCGUCUGCACCGGGUAUGCUGCCUCUGAGUGUGUGAGUGCCCGGCCUCCGGUGGGGCCUCCUGCCCUCCGUCAGUGACCCCGGACACCUGCGCCUCACUCCAGGGUGCCUGGGCCCAGCCUCUUCCCCAGGGCCGGCAGAGGGCAGGGCAGGCUGCAUGCGGUGGCGGCCGCGGGGUCCGCCCAGCCCGGGACUCCACGCGAUCUCCAAACCGGCUUUGAUCUCUUCUCGCCGUAGUGCCGUUGGUUUCAUAUGAUUGCACUUUUGUGGGUCACAAGGUGGUUGGUACCCGUGUGUAUUGCUUGGUCACUGGAUGCAAAAGUACCAUUUCUCAUACCAGCCUCCUUCUCCUGUCCUGCUGUACCCCGUAGGGUUUAUUGUGUUUAGGACACAGCAGAUCUUCCUAGACGUGCUCCCCAAAUCAGGUUGACCACAUGGCCUCCUCAG